AUGGACCAUGUGAUGUCAUUGUUUAACAAAGAUUUGGAACUUUCACUAUUGAGACACGACAUUGGUUAUGUGUUGUUAAUGGGUAAAAGUGGUUCUGGUAAAACCAGUAUGAGGUCGAUCAUCUUUGCAAAUUACAUUGCCAGAGAUACUAGAAGACUAGGAGCUACAAUUGAUGUUGAACAUUCACAUGUGCGUUUCCUUGGUAACUUAGUGCUGAAUUUAUGGGACUGUGGAGGGCAGGAGGCAUUCAUGGAAAACUACUUUGCAAGUCAAAGGGACAACAUUUUCCGCAAUGUUGAAGUUCUAAUUUACGUUUUUGAUGUUGAAAGUAGAGAACUUGAAAAAGAUAUGCAUUACUAUCAGUCGUGUCUGGAGGCCAUUCUACAGAAUUCGCCAGAUGCUAGAGUUUUCUGUCUAAUACACAAAAUGGAUUUGGUACAGGAAGAUCAGCGAGAAUUGAUUUUUAGAGAAAGAAAAGAAGACCUUCAAAGAUUGUCAAAACCUUUAGAUUGUACUUGCUUUCGUACUUCAAUAUGGGAUGAAACAUUGUAUAAAGCCUGGGCGUGUAUUGUUUAUUUACUCAUACCCAAUGUUCACCAACUGGAGACUAACUUAGCAUCAUUUGCAGACAUCAUUGAUGCAGAUGAAGUACUUCUUUUUGAAAGAGCCACAUUCCUUGUAAUUUCACAUUGUCAGAGAAAACCUCACAGAGACGUACAUCGCUUUGAAAAGAUCAGUAAUAUCAUCAAGCAGUUUAAACUGAGUUGUAGUAAAUUAGCUGCAGCCUUUCAAAGUAUGGAAGUGCGAAAUUCAAACUUUGCAGCUUUUAUUGAUGUGUUUACGUCCAACACUUACGUUAUGGUUAUCAUGUCAGAUCCAGCAAUACCUUCUGCAGCUACACUGAUCAACAUCAAGAAUGCCAGGAAACAUUUUGAGAAAUUAGAAAGGGUGGACAGUCAAAUGGUACGAUGACAAUAUAAAUCAAAAUGCAUUCACGCCAAACAGGAACAAUUUGAAAUAUACAUUACCAAAGAGGAAAGCGUGUUUAUAAACAUUUGUGAGACAAGUCCAAGAUUAAACUCAUUUUACUCAUUUGUAUGCAGUGUUUAAUCUUUUCAACUCUCUUGUGUAGUGGAAUGAUCUGUUUCAAUUUUAAGCACUGAUAAUAAUGAAACUGCAGAUAAGGAUAGAAAAUGCUUGGCCAAACAUUAGAUUAGUAUCUAUUUAUGCAUAAAUUGUUUUUCUCCAUAAUGUCCAAGGUUGAGAGAUAAAACAUGCAUUCAUGUUUCAGUUUCAAACCAUAUCUGUUGAGGAUGAAUGGCAUCAUUACCUGGGCGACUUUCCUUCCUGUACUUGUAGUAUGCUGCCAUCUAUGUUCAAUAAUGUACAUUCUUUUUUUCUU